AUGCAUUGGAAAUUAAUUAUUGUACUUGUUUCUGCAUUUGGUAUAAUCAAGGAGUUUCGUCCAGCAACACCAUUCCUUACACCGUAUCUCAUCAGUCCACCAAAAAAUUUCACUAAUGUUCAACUUUACAGUGAAAUUUAUCCAUUUUGGACAUAUUCGUAUUUGGUUGCUUUGAUUCCAUCGUUUUUCCUAACCGAUAUAUUACGAUAUAAGCCAAUUGUUAUAAUGGAAGCAGUGAUGCUAUGUAUCACAUGGAUUUUACUUAUAUGGGGUAAAACGAUAUGGCAAAUGCAAAUUAUGCAAAUUGCUUUCGGUAAAUAUUAUAACUUAUUACUUAAAAUAAAGUUCCUUUUAUUUUAA